CCUUUACACUAGGCAGUAUAAAUUCUCUGUUUCUACACCGAAACACCUCAAUAAAAACAAAAGCAAAACUUUACACAGGUGUUUUGAACGUGCCCAAGAGUAAAAGUAAAUAGACAUGCCACACAACGGGCUUUUAUUUGUCCGAGCAUGGAUAUACUACAAUCGAAUUCCGCUGAAAUUUGCAUUCCGUUCGAGUUUGCUAUUUCUGGUAGCAUCCCUGUUUGUCUUCUUUCUCUCAUUGCACAAUAUACCUUACGGGCCCACCGGGGACGAUUUAACAUGGGUAUACACUACUGCGGUGGUCGUUGGUGGUGCUGCCAUGACAUCAGGUUCUGGUGUUGCAAGUGUACGUAGCAGACAAGCCAUUUAUGAAAAUUUUAAGCUCUCGAUUCCAACAUCCGAAGUAACUAAAAAGACAACUAAAAAAAAGGAUACUGUAAUUGAAAUCACGUCCUGUGAACUUAAUUUUUUCUUCUUCAGUAUCCUAUAUCUGAUGAUCUUCGCCCCCCUCCCCUGCUAGCAUAUACUUGUCAAUCUGCAGAAUCGAUAGAAUUAUCGGGACGAAUUCCGGUUGUGUGCUCGGAACAGCUGUCGUAGAACUGAGUGAAUUAAUGGAACAGAGAGGUCCAUAUUUCGUGGCAAUAUGCAUUUCCACGUAUGGAUUCAUCGUGUGAUUCUACAUGGCAAAGUAUCCAACCGUAGUGGGUACAUACACCUACGCGUAUGUUCUGGUAUGUUAGUGAGUGAGUGAACAAAUCUGGUACGCGGGAUUGCAAGAGUUUAUUUUUUGAAUUUUGACAAUAUGCAUAUCUCACCUGAAUGUUUCUGCUGGACAUCGAAAUUUUGCAGUUUCUCCAUACGUUUGGUCUAGUUGCCCUUAGCACCUUCUACAUCGAAGGCGAUGAGCGAUGGCGAAUCGGAGCUUGGCGUACGGGCCUAAUAGUUAUUGGUAGUGCGCUAUCGGUGUUAUGCGUGAUGUUUUUUCUGCCGGUGCGAACUGUAGAGUCUGCACACAACAAAACUGUGUGUGAUUAAAAUUGAAGCUGGCUUGGUGCAUGAUAUAUCGCACAAAAGAGCGAAGGGGAAAUUAAUGCUUGUCUCUGAACCUGAUCUUAAGAUUGGAGAAAUGGACGCCGUACACAAGUACGUUUUAAUGAAAUACAUACUCAGACGCAGCGACCACGUGCGCUGUUAUAAGUUUUGAAAUGAAUAUUAAUGUCCUUCGCUUCUGCUCAGGACGCAUGGCUCGCCAUUCAAUAGCAAUACCGAUUAACUCUCAAAACAGGUCGUACAAAGCUGCAAUGCAAGCGAUAGUGGAUAUUAGAGCACACUCAGUUUCGCCAGUUUAGAAUUUGUGAAGCUACUCGCAGCCUGUUUCAGCACGAAUUAUGCUGAAGAAGAUUACUAUUCGUUCAUGGUUCGAAAAUUACGUCGAUUAGUGACACAUGCAAUCACGACGGAAGAGCAAGUCAGUUCUGAGCCAAUACCCACGCCACCAACGCAAGAAAGAGCAAGACUGUACUGUGAACUGGGCGAGGAGGUGUAUUCUACACUUAUACUUGUCGCGAAGCAGUUUGCUCGGGUACCGGAAAAUAAUCAGAAAAAAGGGAGCAUUCGAAUAGGCAAAUCCAACCAGGAUAGUCAAUCCAAUGACGGAACCAGGCGAGGAAUGACUAAGUCGCCCAAAAGCUCAUUGAUACGUUGCUGUGCACCAUGCGCCCAUGAGCAUAAUACGCAGAACUUUGAACUACGGCAGAAAGUAGAAAAUAUACGAUGUAUCAUUUCAAAGCUUUCGAACACGCAGCCAUUGACGAGGCAAUGCACACAUACAUAUGGUGCACCACUGAAGUGCAACAGUAUGUCUCAAAUUCAUGAGGGAAAAUCUCACAUAUCUCAAAGUCUAGGGUUGAGUCCUCUGGAGUUUGCACCCCUCAAAUAUGCAAAAGAAUGGGCGCAGCCGGGCCCAGUCUUGUUGAAUGCAUGUCAAGAACAGGCUGACGAUGUGUACAAUGGCAUGGUUAUCAACAUGGGUAUUAUAGUACUGAAAGUAAUGAAAUAUGCCGCGCAGUUGGACCACGCAGAUCAGAAGGGUAUAUGCACACUGGCACAUCAUGCACAUAAUGCUGCUCAUGAUACAGUUGGAGUAACCAUAUAAAACUGAUCAAUAGGAAAUGUCGUACUGGAAGUGGUUAAACAAAAAAAAGAACUUGUUUAUAAAUCGAGCAAUUCGCAAACGGUAAGACACGAGUGAAAGUUUACCUCCGAUAUAGCCAUGUAAAGAAGAAGAGAGGUUUAAUGCUACAGGUGUGAAAGUACGUAGCACCUAUUCGCUCACAGCUGAGGACAAUGUGUUUCCAUAUACGCUUUAAGACCAUGCUUCGGAGAUUAAAUAGAUGAUCAUAACAAUGUUUUCAAAAGCAAAACCGA